AGUAUCAACGCAAGAACCUGUAGAGGGCGCCGCGCAGCAGCAACCUGCAUUGCUGGAAAAAUGGCGGCUGGAAGUGCAGGCGCUAGCGGCCGCAACAGUGGCUCAUCGCCGGCCUUGGAGUCUACUUUAGACCGUCGUUUUCAGACUGUAAACAACACCAUGGAGUCUAUUCAGGGACUAUCCGUCUGGUGCAUCGAGAACAAGAAAUUCCACAGUGUUAUCGUACGCUACUGGAUCAAGUGGCUGCGCAAAUCGGAUUCGUCUCACAGAUUGAAUCUCUUCUAUCUGGCUAACGAUGUCAUUCAGAACUGUAAAAGGAAAAAUGCCAUCGUAUACCGCACCACCUUUACUGAUGUGCUGCCAGAAGCCAUCAAACUUAUCAGUGGCAUGAAGGAUUCCAAGGUGACCAAAUCAGUGGAGAGGAUCCUGAACAUUUGGGAAGAGAGAAGUGUCUAUUCGGAGGAGUUUAUCCAUCAGCUGAAGAGUGGUAUGGUUCAGAAAGAAGAACCAGUAAAAGCUCCUGACAAUUCCAGAGCUGCCCUGAAAUCCAAGAUUGUGGCUGAGUUUGUGCCGGCUGCGUUUAUCGAGCAUCUAACCAACUACAGAAAGUCUGUGGAUGAGACGGAGCUGAAAGAGAAACAGCUGGCUGCCAUGAGAGUGGAUGUAUGCAGUACAGAGGCACUGAAGAAACUAAAAGACAAAGCAGGCGGCAAGAGGUUCUCUAAAGAUUUCGAAGACGGAAGCACAAAGCUUCAGGAUUUCGUCUCCUUUCUGGAUGGAGAGGUCAAAAAAGGCCCACCCCUGAUGGAAGCACUGGAGAAUGCAGACAUAUUCUAUGAGAUGCAGUAUAAGGAGGUCAAGAUUGUCGCUAAAGCCUAUGAGACAUUUGCAAACCGAGUAUCGCACCUUAAGCGCAAACUCGAUGCACUGAAGGCCAUGCUGCCUGAUCCAAAUGACUCCCCCGUCCCCUCCCCUAUUGAAGACGCUCCUUCACCUUCGGGCUCAGAGUCACCCUUUCAUAGCUUGGAUAAUAUCGGUAGCCCAGACCCAGAGCUGGAUGGUCAAGAGAUGGAUGAUGACAUGAUUGCUUUGGCUGAUGCUCCAAGCCCCCUCUCAUCUGCCGGGGGUUCUCCAAAACCAAGCGCUUCUGCGGGAGAUGCAGACAAUCGUGAUGUAGAGGAUAUGGAGCUCUCAGAUGUAGAGGAAACAGAAACCCCCACCAUCAUAGUGGAGGAAUGUGUAGCCCCGCCUGUUGUAUCCAAAGAGUCGUCUGCCUCUCAGAGCGUCACAGAAACCUCACAAGCUAAUUCGGGCGCACAAACAAAGCAAGUCACAGCCCCAACGACGCCCGUUCCCUCAGCAACACCGUCACUUCCUGUUAAUCUAGCUGGUGUUGAUCUAGGCAAGAUCAGCUCCAUCCUCAGCACACUCACAAACGUUAUGAAGAACUCAGCUGUAGGAGCCAGUCCUGUUUCUCGGUCUUCGCCUAGUGUGCAGUCCACUCCAGGCUCCAUUCAAAAACCUCUCACGACUGCUGCUCCUCCUCCAGCGAACCCACUGGCCAACAUCCUCUCCAAGGUCGACAUCAAUCCCAACACCCUGCUCAGCGUCCUGUCCAAAACACAACCUCAUGGUGGUCUCCAGGGUCUGUCCUCUUUACUAAGCAACCAGACUGGAAAGACCCCUGCAACUUCGGAUUCUGACAGGGCAUCCCAAAUCCCUCCUCUUACAGCACACACUCGUGCAUCUCCCAACGUCACACCAACUUCAUCUGCUGUCCAAUUGCCUAGAGAUCCUGCCUCACAAGGGUCUGUGGCUCCCAGGUCGUCACAGUCAGAUAUGUUGAAUGACCAAGUAAAUCCUAACACUUCUCUCAACUCUACCUUGGACUCCAAGAUUGAUAACCUCAUUCAAGGGAACCCAAUACUAAAAGGCUUUAAUUUGGGCUUCCCAUCUGUUCUGCCAUGGCCUAAGGCAACUGUUGACAGCCCCUUAGCAAGUACGGAGAACCUCGCUGGAACCCCAGUAAGGGAUGAGGGUGGAUCUACACCAACUCAGGAUGAAAUAAUGGACGUUCCUGUUCCAAGAUCAGACCCGUCGCUGUAUCAGCAGAGGCAGUCUACAGAUGCUAAAUCGACACUUCCUCCUACAUCUUGGCAAGAACCACAUUCUCAAGCUGUUCCAAUACAACAAAUUGGUACAGAGAUUCAUCAGAAUUUUGGACAAACACAAAAUGACUCCAGAAACCCUGUGCCCUCCCUUGCAGAGGCAGAGGCUAAACGUCAUCAACUUAUUGAAGCCAUACUUUCCACUUCAAAGCCCAGCCACCAGCAACCUUCAUGCAACAGUGUGAAAUCCAUGACAGGACCUGGUCCAGUACAUCAAGAACCAAGACAAACCCCUGUAGGAGUGAAUCCUGAACUGGCAAAAAGUGGCUUGUAUGGGGACGCAUAUCGAGAUGGUCAAGAGCAGCAAAUGUUGGCAAGCUCUGACACAUAUGGAGCAGAGUCGUACCAUGUUAAAGAACCAAGUCACCAAGGUUUUGCUCCACCUAACUUCUUCACCACACCUCUCCCACCGAUACCAAAGCUCCCACCUCCACCUCAAGACUUUAAUACUCCAGCCUCUUCUUCGAUGGCGAGUGAUCCUCGUGUUACCGUGGCAGAACCUUUCAGCGAAGCAGUAGGACGUGAUGCUGAUCAAUCGUACAUCCCAGAAAACUCUGGUUACGGUGAGCAUUUGCCUCAUGAGGAACCUUUCCAACAAUAUGAGGAUGGACCUUCACGCUUUGCCCCUGAACCACACCAGGUUCCUAAUAUGCAUUCAAAUGCUCUAGUGGAUUACAAUCAUCAAAAUCCAUCGAGAGUUCCUCUGCAGCACCCACCAACUAUGCACCAUCACCAGAUGGGUUCUCCACCUCCAGUAAGGGGGGGCUACCAUGAAGGUUUAAGCCCUCCUAUGCCAGAAGAUCCAUACUUUGACCCAUACUAUGAUCAUCCACCUCGCAGUCCAUCUCCCCCACAUUACGACAUGCACCCCGUUUCACCUCAUGCACACGAAUAUUACCCUGAAGACAUACCACCUCACUACCCUGAAGACAUACCACAUCACUACCCAGAGCGGAGGGUUCCUUCUCACCUAGGACACAGGCCCCGAAUGCCUCACCAUGUCCGUCCACCUCACCCUGGGCACUAUCCACCUCCCAGGCACUUGCAUCGGCCACCACCAGUCCCAUAUGCCCAUGAGCCACCCUUCCCCAGAGGCAAGCGACCUGGCCCACCUUAUGGAGGACCUCCUAGAGGUGGUGGCCCCUACUAUCCACCUAAAAGACCCUUCCUGCCUCCACAUUACUGAAGUAUCUGUUAGUGCAUGCCACAGUGGCAAAUGACCUGAACGAAAGAAGUCCAAGACGUAAAGAGGUGCAAGAAGGGGGCGUUGGGCAGUGACGUCAAGGGGAUGAUGUUGAGAACGCUAUCCUGAAUUCUAGGAAAAACUUAGCAUACAAGUGACUUUAGCAAGAUCUGUUUAUCCAACAUGAAGCCUCGUGAACAGGUCAAGGGGAAUGAACCAUUAUAACAGGGAGUUAUGUGGCAAGAUGAAGUGAGGGGGAGCAUUGGAGCUGAGAAACGGAAAGAAUCAUCCGACAGGGAACGCUGGUGGAAUGAUGGGGAACCUGAAGGCAAAGGCAAAACAAGAGGUGGUUAUUUUAUUUCAUUUAAUUAAUCAUUUCAUUUCUAUAUUUUUCAUGUCUAAUUCUAUAAAACGUUGAAUGUAAAUGCA